AUGCUUUCGGGCCGCCGCAGCGCGCACGCGCGCCCCAGAGACGCCUGCCCGCUGGGGCCCGGGCGCUGCUGUCACCUGCAGACGGUGCAGGCGACCCUGGAGGACCUGGGCUGGAGCGACUGGGUGCUGUCCCCGCGCCAGCUGCAGCUGAGCAUGUGCGUGGGCGAGUGCCCGCACCUCUACCGCUCGGCCAGCACGCACGCGCAGAUCAAAGCGCGCCUGCACGGCCUGCAGCCCGACCGGGUGCCCGCCCCCUGCUGCGUCCCCUCCGGCUACACCCCGGUGGUCCUGCUGCACCGGACGGACAGCGGCGUGGCUCUGCAGACCUACGACGACCUGGUGGCCCGCGGCUGCCACUGCGCAUGAGCGCCGCGCCGCCCCCGCACUCCUCCCUGAUAUUUAUAUUUGUAUUUAUUAUUAUUAUUAUUAUUAUUAUUAACUUAUUGGGGUCGGGCUGGGUGGGUGGGUGGGUUGUGUAUUUAUUUAAAACUGUUAAUAAACGUGAGGCUGGUUUCUAUGAGGGGCUGAGACGGAGCCUCAGUUUCCCCACGGCUGCCGCGGAAGGGACGCACGGGUGAGAGCGGAUGCGGUGCCAGGCCAGGCUGCUGCGAUCUCUCCGCGCUUGGGGCCAAGCCCGAUGACCUGGGUUCGAUCCCCGGGGACGCACUGCGUGGUGGAAAGGACUCGUGAGAGCUGUGCUCCGAUCUCCGCGCGAGCUCGCCCUCCCUCCCCCUCCCUCCCUGUCUCCGCCUCUCACAUACACACAAUGUAAUAAAAACUACUUUUUACAGAA